CUUAAAUAUUAUCAACUAAACAUGCGUUAAAAUUUUUAUCCCGAAAUUAUUUGUUUUUAUACCUUAAACCAAACGGCCCCUAAGAGCACAGUCCAAUUUAGUUACUUUGUGACUAAGGUUCUCUAUUUUGCUUCCUGUAAAUGGUGUACUACUACAACAUUUGUAACAUCAACAUAAAAUUCUAGAUUUGUCUAUCCUUCUUUUUUCCAAUGGAGAAUGAGAAUCCGAAUAUUCUGUCUUUGUUACCGGAGGAUUGUACUGGGAAGAUCUUGGGGUUUACAAGUCCUGUAGAUGUUUGCCGCGUGUCCCUCGUCUCUAAAUCACUUCAAUCCGCCGCUGAUUCCAAUUCCGUUUGGGAGAAAUUUCUGCCGUGUGAUUAUCAGUCCAUCAUUUCGGGAUCAGUGACUCCCAUCCCUGAUUUUGGUUCAAAGAAGGAUCUGUAUGUUUAUCUCUGCCAUAAUCCCAUCUUAAUUGAUGCAGGUAGCAAGAGUUUCUCACUGGAAAAACGGACCGGAAAGAAGUGCUAUUUUCUAGGUGCAAGGGAUCUUAACAUUGCAUGGGCUGAUACACCACGACAUUGGAGAUGGACUUCAUUACCUGAAUCCAGAUUUCCAGAGGUGGUUAAGCUCAGACGUGUUUGGUGGCUUGAAAUUCGGGGCACAAUAAGAGUUGGUGUUUUGUCACCGCGGACAUCCUAUGUAGCUUAUAUUGUUUACAAGUUGAAAAAUGAUCAUGGGUUUCAUUUUCGACCAUCGGAGGUUUCAGUUGGAGUUUGUGGUGUUGAAUUAGACACACAAUUUGCAUUUCUGGUGCCGAAAGGUAGACAAUAUCAUCCCUAUAAGUCAAUUUAUAGAAUGUCCUCUGCAACAGAGGACGAGCUCGAGCAAUUGGAUGAUGACAAUGAGGAGGCGGUUUAUAUAUAUUUUCCGUGCCCUUAUGGGAGGGGGCCGCUUUUGCCGGUGCGUGCUUCUAAUCUGGUGCAAUCUAAUAUUCGACGCCGUCAACUUAGAGAUGAUGGCUGGUUUGAGAUAGAAUUGGGUGAGUUUUAUACUGAAAAUGAAGAUGAUUGUAUAGAAAUGAGUUUGAAAGAGGUUAACGACUGUUUAAGCCCCAAGGAUGGCCUUAUUGUUGAAGGAAUUGAGAUUAGACCAAGAAUGGGUUAAUUAUCACAUUUUUUAUAAAAUAUUUUUUCCAUACAGCUCUAUGUAUUAUGAAUAGAGCAUUACUCUGUUUCAACUUUCAAGUAUGUUUUCCAAAAUUGAACUAUACUGUACAUGUAUUUAGUCUCGUGUUAUAACAAAGUGACCCUUUUCCAUGCUUUGCCCCCUUGGCAAAUCCAAAUAAUACAGUGAUUAAAUCAAGAACAAAAAAAUUACAGAAGGGAUUUCAACAGAAGUAACACAGGUUGCUCCCGGUAAUCAAUAGUUCUCCGUCAAAGAUUCAAAUACCAAAAAGGCUGCUUGAACAAGCUGGUGAUAUUGCUUUUGCCUGCAUGUCGAAUAGCCACCAGUUUCCAUCUAUUUGCUCACUAAAAUAUAUGCAGUUGCUCCUGCAUCCCAUCUUCGACAACAAUGUUCUAUUUCCAAGGCUUUCCAUCUUAACCCAUACCAAUUUUGGAAUAUCAAGCCUGUAAAUUUCAACAUCAUCCACAAACAAAAGAUGGCGAGUACAAUGUGUUACUAACUUUGAGACCAAAUGGAAGGACCUAUAUGCAAGAGGCC